AUGUCUCUCUCCAACAAGCUCCCCGUCACUGACGUCGACCUCAACGGCAAGCGUGUCUUGAUCCGUGUACAGGUCGACUUCAACGUUCCCCUCGACGCUGAGAAGAACGUCACCAACCCCCAGCGCAUCGUCGGUGCCCUCCCCACCAUCAAGUAUGCCAUCGACAACGGCGCCAAGGCCGUUGUGCUCAUGUCCCACCUCGGCCGCCCCGAUGGCCAGGUCAACCCCAAGUACAGCCUGAAGCCCGUCGUGCCCGUGCUCGAGAAGCUUCUCGGAAAGAGCGUCACCUUCACUGAUGACUGUGUUGGUGCUCAGACCGAGGAGACCGUCAACAAGGCCACCGGUGGCCAGGUUGUUCUGCUUGAGAACCUGCGCUUCCACGCCGAGGAAGAGGGCUCCUCCAAGGAUGCUGAGGGCAAGAAGGUCAAGGCCGACAAGGCCGAUGUCGAGAAGUUCCGCAAGGGCCUGACUGCCCUCGGUGACGUCUACGUCAACGAUGCUUUCGGCACUGCUCACCGUGCUCACAGCUCCAUGGUCGGAGUUGACCUCCCCCAGAAGGCCGCCGGUUUCCUCGUGAAGAAGGAGCUGGAGUACUUCGCCAAGGCUCUUGAGAGCCCUGCUCGUCCCUUCCUCGCUAUCCUCGGUGGUGCCAAGGUCUCCGACAAGAUCCAGCUCAUUGACAACCUCCUCCCCAAGGUUAACAGCCUGAUCAUCACCGGAGCCAUGGCCUUCACCUUCAAGAAGACCCUCGAGAACGUCAAGAUCGGUAACUCCCUCUUCGAUGAGGCCGGCAGCAAGAUUGUCGGCGAGAUCGUCGAGAAGGCCAAGAAGCACAACGUCGAGAUCGUCCUCCCCGUCGACUACGUCACUGCCGACAAGUUCGCCGCCGACGCCAAGGUCGGAGCUGCCACUGAUGCCUCCGGUAUCCCCGACGGCUACAUGGGUCUGGAUGUCGGCCCCGAGUCCGUCAAGCUCUACGAGGCCACCAUUGCCAAGGCCAAGACCAUCCUUUGGAACGGUCCCCCCGGUGUCUUCGAGCUCGAGCCCUUCGCCAACGCCACUAAGAAGACCCUCGACGCCGCUGUCAACGCCGCCCAGUCCGGCUCCAUCGUCAUCAUCGGCGGUGGUGACACCGCUACCGUCGCUGCCAAGUACAAGGUCGAGGACAAGAUCUCUCACGUCUCGACCGGUGGCGGUGCCUCGCUCGAGCUUCUCGAGGGCAAGGAGCUGCCUGGUGUCGCUGCUCUGUCCAGUAAGUAA